CCGGCGACCCUGACCAUGGCGUCGUCCGCCGGCCGUGGCGGCGCCGAGAUCAAGCACCCUAGGGUGCUGCUGCCCUUCACCUGCGACAGCCUGCGCAUCCCUGACGAGCUCGCCGAGGGGAUCGGCGCCGGGGAGGCCCUCGUCGUCGGCCCGGCCAGCGGAACGGCCAAGCACUGGCGCGUCGAGGUCGGGUGGGACGGCGACGGCGCGUUCCUGGGGCGCGGGUGGCCGGAGUUCGCGGACGCGUGUGGUGUCGAAGCGGGGUGGCUGCUGGUCCUCCGCCACCGCGGCCAAGGCCUCCUCACCGUCAAGGCGUUCGAUGCCAACUGCUGCCUCAGGGAGCUCCCCGCUCCCUCUCCGCCUGCAGUUGGAGCAACCGCGAGCAGCAAAGAUGCCUCCCGGAAGCCACAGUUCAUCAGGGUGCAUUCGAGAGAUUUCAUGGAAAAGCUGCUAAUACCUGCUGAGUUUGUGCAACAAUAUCUCUCCGAUGAGAACUUGAACAAUCGUACAGCCAUUAUUUUCGGCCCCCUCGGCAAAGUUUCUCACAUUGAGCUCGAGAAGAAUUCGUCAGAUGUGUUCUUUGCAGGUGCCUGGUCACAGUUUCUGGUGUUUCAUUACAUCACUGAAGCUGAUGCUCUGCUGUUGAGGUAUGAGGGCAACAUGGUGUUUACAGUCAAAGUGUUUGGUCUUGAUGGAUACCAGAGAGACUCCAAGCACAAGGAAACCAGAGCUAAACAAGUAUCAACAUCAGCAGACAUUGAAGAGCAGGAGCGGCAGGAAGCACCAUCUUUUUCCAUUCAAAAGCAUUGCAAGAACAAAGUGCCAGGUAGUGCUGGUGAAAAGAAACCAAAAGGGAUCGUGACUCCUAUAAAUGAGGAGUCAUCAUGGAUGAAACCUGUUUAUGAGAUUGGACCGCCAUUAUUUGUAAAGAAGCAGAUCAAUGCCAACACACUUAAGGAACUCGCUUUGGCAAAACCUUUCUGUGAUGCAAUUGGGUUGCACGGACCUUGCAUAAUAAUCACCCUCAAGACCUCAAUGAGCAAUACCGAAUCCUGGAAGGUGCAUGCUGUUCAACGCAAGGAUAUGGGCUACAGGCUCCUACAGGGUUGGAGGUUGUUCUGCUCGGAUAACAGUAUCGAGCUAGGCGACAUCUGCACCUUCACUGUCAUCGAGACCACAGUGUGGGACGUCAUUGCCACUCGUUGUAAGGAAACAAUAAAUCAUCUCUGCAAUGAAACCCCAUCUGCUUCCAGUAGGAAGCAUAAUACGAUGAACAACGAGUCAAGUAAUAAAGGUGAAAAGAGACCAAAAGUCUCAAUGACUGCUUUGAAUAAGACAUCACCUAGGGGAUGUGUCUUUGAAAUUGGGCCACCCGCUUGGAUAAAGAAGGAGAUCAACUCUACCACAGUUGAAAAUAGACUUUAUUUGCCACCGGUCUUCUGUGAGGCGAUUGGGAUCUUGAAACCUUGCACUGUCACGCUUAAGACAUCGAUGAGCUGUACAAGGUCGUGGCAGGCGCGCGUCGCCCCGUACGAUGGCAGCAGCCACCAUGUUUCAGGGCCAGGCUGGAGGCAGUUCUGCAGGGAGAACAGGAUCAAGGUGGGUGAGAUCUGCACCAUCAACAUCUUUAAAACCACCCUGUGGCAUGUCAUCAUCAGUUCGCCAGAGUGAUGAAUGGCAUCUGUUUGCUAGCAAAGCACUGGGUGGACUGUUCUUAUCAUGGGAUGCACAAGUUUAACAGUAACUUGUCAUACAAUGUAUAAGUGCUUAGCUUGAACGCUUCAAUGCCGUUGUAUCAUUUGAGAUGAUUUGCUUAAUCACAUAGCAGAGUUAGCUGAA